AUGGCCGACCCAACUCUUACCGGAUCAGAUCAAUCUAGACGCUAUUUCGCCUUCCGAGACCUUAUGCUUGGAUUAUACCGGGACCAACUCGCCACCGCCAAACAGCUGUGCAUGGCUGGGGAGCUAAUAUAUGGUGAUGAGUCCUGGUUCAGUCUCUACGGUCUCACCGCCUCCGAGCUGGCGGCACAUGACUUCAAUAUCCUGGGCCGUACAGUAGUUGAAGCGUCUAUAGACGCGCACGUCGAUGCUCUUGCCAUGCAAUUUCAAAACCUCAUGGGAAUGCCGGCAGAGCCUGAACUAGGGCCCGGUAAUAAAGGCCAGGGAGCUAUCUUCGAUCUUUUCUGUGGCUCUGGGAACAUAUCCUAUCAUGUGGGAUGUCGCCUUGGUUGUCCGGUGUUCGCAUCCGAGAUGGACCCCUCUGUAUAUAAGGCCACUCUGCACAACCUCAGUCUCCUCCGAAAGACAUCCAAAUCAACAGUUCCCGUGAAUUUUCAGUUAUUUUUAACAGAUUACCGCAAACUUUUGGCAAAUUUACCCACCGACCCACACCCGAAGGACAUCUACAUCAUCGAACCGCCCUGGGGACCAGCAUUUACAGACGGCGGGCUCGAUUUGACCCAAACAUCUCCUUCUGUAAAGGAUAUUGUUGCCUAUAUCCGUCGGUCUCGCCUCGGUGUGCCGUGCUAUAUCGCCCUCAAGACGACAGACCACAUUUGGCUUUAG